GUUUCUCCCUAUGGUAGAAUAACAUUGACUCGUCGUGCAGAUGUAUAUAGCGUAUUGGAACGUCAUGAAGAUUUCAAUAGUUUGCUAGAAACUGGUUCAUAUGAUGUAUUUGUUUUACGUAUUC